AUGGAAGACGAGGUCACGGGGGAUGACGUGCUGCUGCAGAAGCUCAGGGACAGCCGCCGCCGCUUCCAAAGGCACAUGCAGCAGCUGCUCGAGAAGUACAACCAACCCUUCGAGGAUGCCCCGGUAGUGCAAAUGUCCACGCUGACCUACGAGACGCCCCAAGGAUCGAGAGUCUGGGGUGGAGGACUAGUAAAGAACAAGAACAAAGGCCAAAUCCAGGGCUCCCCCGCGGAGACGGUCAGCAGGAAGGAUGGCCUCACACAGGAGGACGGGCUGCCCGCGCCCUGCGCGCAGGACCUGGGACUGGACUCAAGAAGCAGUGAUGCUGAUGCGACUUCGCACCAAGAGGACCUGGCUGCCCGCGUCUUACCGCCUGCAGUGCCUUGGAGCCCUUUGAAGGACGAGCUAAGAAGGAAGUACUUGAACCAGGUGGACACACUGCUGCAAGAGGCAGAGGUAAUCCGUUCUCCAGCGUGUUACUACGAUUAUGGAGACGGAAAUGACACACAUGUGACCCUGGUCCCUUCGCUGGCCGCGCCUCCCAGGCCCGCCCAUGACAUGGCGGUAGUGCCCAGAAAUGACAGUGUCUCCUGGCAAGAGACCAGCAGUCACAGCUUCUCGAGCAGCCAGUCCUUCGUGGCCGACGACAUCUGCACCGUGACCAUCAGUGACCUGUACGCGGGCAUGCUGCACUCCAUGAGCCGGCUGCUGAGCGUGAAGCCCUCGUGCAUCAUCUCCACCAAAACCUUCAUCCUCCGGGGCCGGGCCUGUCGGCGGAGGUGUGGGGGCAAGAGCAGGGCAAACAGGACAUUCUGCAGGGGUGUCAGGCCUGCGUGGAGGGGCCCCCAGGAAAGGCCUGAGCCCCGUCCCGAGUCGGUGAGAGAGGUCGGAGUCCUGAGAGAGUGCCAGAACGUCCCAGACCUUUCUGGCCAGAAGGCAGUAUUAAAAUUGGAAAAAGCUUCUUUUGAAGUAAACAAACUCCAAAUCUGGAAGGAGCUUAAGGGAAUGCCCCGGAAGUUGUCUUCAUGGACUUCCGUAGACUCCAGCGCAAUGCACCGUCUUGAUCGGGAAAAUAGAUUAAUGACAUUAAAGUGGUUAAUUUCUCCUGUAAAAAUAAUUUCCAGACCAAGAAUGCUGCAGGGCGAGAGAGGGGAUCAUUACAGGGAGCUCGAAAGCAAAUUUGGUAAACUUCACCAGGAAUAUUGUCUAAGUCCCAGGAAGCCACAGCUGUGCCUGACCUACCCACCCAGCCCCUCUGGGGUCCGCGUGCACAGGGGUGGCUCAGUGAGCCCCGGGGUCCCCCGGGGCUUAGAAACCCACCAGCCAAGUAGAUGUUUCAGCAGAGUGAAAGCUAAGAGUCUAAAUGAGGCUUUUGCAAACCUGGGCAAACAAGCUCUUGAGGCAGGAAGAUGGCUGCCAAAAAGCGGUUCCUCUCUGUCGCUUUCGGAGUCCAACUCCCCGCAGAGCCCAGGCCGCGCUGAGCCAACAGCUGAUCUUUUUAAAGGAAAUCACCUUGGGAUAUUUAGGAGGUCGUCAUCACUCAGCAAAGCUCUCUCACUCCCCGGGGUACAACCGCUAGGCUCUGCGAGAGACCGUUACGAGGAAAUCAAAGAGCAGUUUGACCAGCUCCACCGUAAGUAUUGCCGAAAGUCGGCUCAGAGGACGAAGGUGCCCUUCUCUCCUGAAGCAUCUCCAGAUAAAGCAGGUGUGCAAGUGCAGAAUCAAACAGACUUCUUAGGAAAGUCAAAUCCGGACUCCAGCUGCCAGAGGCCCCAAAAGUUGCCGGCAUCGCCCCAGUGCAGCGUAAGAAGUUCGCUGGGCUCAAGCUCCACUGAGGUUCAUCCCUCUGCGUGGUUUGCUGGGGCUGCUGGGUGCGGCCCUGCCCCCCAGGCCAAGAGGCUCCGACUCUCAGACCUCCGGGGGUGUGGAAGGCGGGCCGACUGCCAGGACCCCUCUCGUGUGGUGGGCAGGGCCAUCCCGAAGCCCAGGGAAGAAGUCCACAGGGAAAAGAAGGUAAGUUUUGGAAAGAAGAGCACAUCUUUCAGGACAGAAGAUAAGUGA